AUGGCAGUCAGGCCUGGAGAGGAGACCAUGUACACCUCAGCCUCCAGGGGCCUGCCCCCCGGGGUCCCCGCUCAGGACCCCGAACCCAAGGAGGCGCUGGGUCUGGGCCAACUGUCAUCGGAGCUGCUUGUGAUGGUGCUGAGCCAUGUGCCCCAACAUAUUCUGCUCGGGCACUGCCGCCAGGUGUGCCGGCACUGGCACGACCUGGUGGACUGCCAGGCCCUGUGGCUGAGAAUCCUGGCCCAAGGCCACGCCACCCUGUCACCCAUCCUCCACCUACCUGCCCCCGCCAACGACCCCAGGCCCUGUGUCCUGGGCCGCUUCUGCGAGGGCACACCCAUAGGACGCAACCUCCUCCCGAACCCCAAUGGCGAAGGCUUCCUGAAAUGGAUGGUGCCGACUGGAGGAGAUGCCUGGGGGGCAGAGGAAAACUGGGAGGUCACUCCCAGGGCCUGUAUACAGACCAGCUUCCUGUCUUCCUACAGGUGGUGUCAAAAGAAGCAGGUGUCGGACCUGGAGGAGGAGGGUCUGUGGCCGGAACUCCUGGACAGUGGAAAGACAGAGAUUUGUGUCUCUGACUGGUGGACAGACCAACAGUACACUGACAGUUUAUACAGGCUAACUGUCAACCUCCAACCUCUAGAUGCCAACCAGGCCAUCCUGCAUCAUUACUCUCCUUUGCCUUUUCCCAUCCAGCAGUGUAGAAAGAGUUUCUCCUUUGAGGCUAGUCAUGUGUUCUCCAACCUUAAGAAGGUUGUCCGCUUUGUGUCUUUUGAACACUUGGCCCAGGACAUUGAUUUCUGGUCUGAGCAGUAUGGAGUCUAUCUGUCCCACUCCAGUGUGAUUGUGCGGGUCCAUCUGCCCUAG